GAGGCGGGCGGGCGGGCGAUGGGCCCGUGGCUGCGCUCGGCGGGGCUGGUGGCGGGCUCCACGCUGGCCUUCGCCGCCCUCCGCCAGGGGCUCCGGCUCAGCCCGCUGCCGGCGCACGUCCGCCUCGACGCCACGCGCACCUGGCGCUGGAGGAACCUGCUCGUCUCCUUCGUCCACUCCGUCGUGGCCGGGAUCUGGGCCGUGGUCGGGGUGUGGAAAAUGCCUGGGGCUUUUGCCGACCUCAUCAACUCAACCUCUCGAUCCGGGCAUCUGCUGCUGUGUGUUUCCGCAGGUUAUUUCAUCCAUGACACUCUGGACAUCAUCGUCUGCCGCCAGUCUCGGGCCUCGUGGGAGUACCUGGUCCACCAUGCCAUGGCCAUCAUGGGACUGUUUUCUGGGAUCCUCCUGAACCGCUUUGUGGCCGCUGGCCUGGUGACCCUCUUUGUGGAGGUGAGCAACAUCUUCCUGACCCUCCGCAUGAUGAUGCGCCUGGGCCACCUGCCCUUCCCCACCCUCUACCUGGUCAACAAGUACGUCAACGUGGUGGUCUACUUCCUCUUCCGCCUGGCCCCCCAGGCCUACCUGACCUGGUACUUCAUCCGCUUCGUGGAGAUGCGCGGCCAGGGCGCUUUCCUCAUGGUCAACCUGGUCCUCCUCGACGGCAUGAUCCUCAUCUACUUCUCGCGCCUCAUGCGCUCCGACUUCUGCCCGGGCGCCCGGGGCCCCGACAGCGAGAAGAAGUUCCUGACGGACUGAGCCGCCUCUUGUGGUCUCUCCCGGACUCCUCGGCGGGUGGAGAGGACGGUUUGGGCAGUGCCAAAGGGAGAGCCGUUGUCGUCGCGCUCCUCCGCUGCCCGUGUGCCUUAUCCGCCGAGGACCGCGCUGUUCUCACUGUGAUGUUCUUUCCAAGCCUUUUCCUGUCCUUGUUCUGGGCCCGGUGGGGUUAGGGGGCUCCCCACCCCACCCCACCGGGCCUUGCCUUACUAGACGAGGGUGACGCCUUCUGAAUUCAGAGGGGAGGCAGUGCCGCGCCAAGCGGCCCGAGCCAAUCUGAGCUCAGCAGGAAGCAAGAGAAGAUGGGAAGAUUUGGCG